UGUUAAAUGUUCAGCAAUUAAAAUACCAUGGAGUUUUACAACUGCAGCUGUUUCUAUACGCACAACAUCUUCGUGGAGGAAUACAAGCUUCACGUCCGGUUUACCUCCAAGGAGCAGUUCCUCAGAGACUAUCGGGAUGUGCUGAGGAGUUGUGGCUGUGUGACUGAUGGUGAUCUCCAUGCUGUCCUGCAGAAGGUUGAAUCUGAAGUGGACAGGCGCAGGAACCUGUGUGAGAAAUCUGCAGAGAGAACAGUCCUCAUAGACAGUGUUUACAGAGCCGUCCAUGGAGAGGUGUACUGCUUACAGGACUCCUUCCUGGCCCCUGAGUUUCUGCAGCUAGUGAGUUACGCUUGUUCAGAGGGAGCUACCAGCAGGGGCUUGUUGGACCACAUGGAGUCACUAGCAGCCCAGAGAGUGUAUCGCUUCCCGGUUUUCCGAAAGGAAUUCUGCAGGAUGCUGAUUGAGGAGCUGGAGAAUUUUGAACGCUCUGAAGCCCCAAAGGGGAGGCCCAACACUAUGAACAAUUAUGGGAUCCUCUUGAACGAGCUCAGAUUUGAUGAAGGGUUCAUCACCCCCCUCCGUGAACGCUACCUCCAGCCCAUCACACAGCUGCUGUAUCCCGACUGCGGAGGGCGCUCUCUGGACAGCCACAAGGCUUUUGUAGUGAAGUACGCCAUGGGCCAGGAUCUGGACCUCAGCUAUCACUAUGACAACGCUGAGGUGACACUGAACGUAUGUCUUGGGAAAGAAUUCACCGACGGAAACCUGUAUUUUGGGGAUAUGAGGCAGGUCCCUCUGAGUGAGUCGGAGUGCGCAGAGGUGGAGCACCGCGUGGCCAGCGGCCUGCUGCACCGCGGCCAGCAGAUGCAUGGAGCCUUGCGGAUCUCCUCUGGGGAGCGUUGGAACCUCAUCGUAUGGCUGCGGGCGUCAGAGCAGCGUAACAGACUGUGUCCCAUGUGCGACCGGCUUCCCUGCCUCGAGGAGACCCAUGGCUUCGGGGACGGCUUCACCCGGGAGCCUCCGGGACCCGACACUCGCACAGCCUCCUGUCUUUUACAUUAGCCUGUUAUUUUACACCUUUCCUAUUCAAUGUAGACUCAUGCCGCUGGGCCAAGAAAGCGGCAUUCUGGGCAAUUUGCCGGAAACAAGUCGAAUACAGAACUUUGUCAGAGUGCUAGAUUAGAGCAGUUCAGCGUUAAUGUUACCCAUCCAGCUGAAAAAUGGUCAGUUUCCAGAUGCAUGCUGGGAAAGGUGUCAUUCUAAAUUCCAGGUAACGUAAGCAGCAUGUUCACUUUAACCUUCACAAAUGUAGAAUGGCUAGCUGUAUGAUUUUUUUAAACUGAGUUCUAGAAACGUGACUACUUAAAGUGGGGAAAAAAGUAUUAUUUUUUUAAAUCAGUGGAUUUUAUUUGUUAGAUAUGCUUUAUCAAAACAUUAAACAGACAAAUUUUACCCAUACAAUGUUUUUAUUUGCAUCUAUCAGGGUGAAGUUCCAGUUCAUUUCAGCCCCUAAACAAAACCAUCCAGAAGUAGUCAGGCGUAAACUUACAAAACGAAAGUCGGAAAAUACGCUGGCUGUUGUUUUACUUCAAGUACAGAAUAAGUGGGGACCCAAGUGCGGUGAAUAUAACCGUGUUUUUAAUGGUGUCCCCCAGACAUGUUGACAAAACAUGUUCAUGAAA